CAAACAGGCAAGUCCAAUGUGUGAUGCUUUAUUGACAUAACGAGCGAGUGACCAUGAACACUCCCGACUUUGCCCUAUUUAAUUCUUCCGCUGUCCUCCACUGUAAUUCUUUGGGACCCAAGCCUCUCUUUGGUCUGUUGAGACUUACUGCAACAAUGAGAACAUACUUGUGUGUGGCUUCACUGAUAUGUGCUGUGCUGUCACUGGCAAAUGGCCAUUGCUUUCUUAAGCAAGUGGAACCAGGUGCAACAGAUUGCUUUGAUGAAGCCGAUAAUAAACGAUACCCUGUUGGAUCAUCUUGGAGAAACAGUGAAUGCAUGGAUUGUACAUGCAGCAGUUGUUGCGCUGCGUAUGGCACUCCCACACGAUUCCCUGAUGAUUGCGUAUCCGUGUUUGACAAAGCGGCAUGUAAAUACAGAGUGCACAAGAUAGAUGACCCAUCUGUUGAAUGUCCAAUUUUUGGUGCAGUAGGAAAGUGACAACACAACGACAUUCCUCGCUGACUCCUCACAAAAAAAAUAUAAUAAUAAUGCCACUUAUCUACUACUAACAUAGCACAUAGCAUAGUAGUAUAUUUGCAAUGUAUGGAGUCACACUUAUGGAAGAAGAAAAUGUGAUGUAUUUGCACAUUUAAGGUCAUAAGUAAAAAUGAAUAAAUCAUGGAAUAAUUUUUUUA